AUGGUUGGUUGUCGAUCAUCGUCUCGCCCGUCGAGUUCCGCGUCGAGAUGCCCACCAUCGCUGCGCAACACCUCACUUCUCGCACUCAUACUUCCGCUUCUCACUCUCGUCUCUGCACAAUCAACAGCAGAUACAAUUCCGGCAAGAUGGGCCCAAGCAUCAGCGCUCGUCGGCUCUCUCUUUGUCGUCCAAGGCGGCAAAACCCAGGGCACCACAGGUGGAGGAUACACUUACAACUCGGCACCCAACAAUGGCCAGAUGUACACUCUCGAUUUGUCAACCAACUUUUCCCUCGCUUCGCCUCCAUGGCAAACCAUCUCGACACAGAUUGACAGUGCUGCUGCGCCACCCGUCGCUUUCCACACGAUCUCACCUCUGAACAAUUCUGCGCUCCUCCUAUUUGGUGGUGAUGGCGCCCCGAUCGUUCCGGUCCAAACCGGCAAUGAUUCAGCCUACAUCGUUCAUCUUGAUGGUCCAGCCACCAAUCGCACAGCCAGCUACCAGCCUGUGCCUACCUCAUGGAAUCAACCAAUGCGCAGGGUACACCACACGAGCGAAAGUAACGCCAGAGGUACCGUCUGGAUUCUAGGAGGAGAAAAAGCAGAUGGCUCCGGACUCAUUUUCGAUGAGCAGUGGAACAUCGACACCACCACCAUCUCCUCGUCAUCACCUUCUUUCCAGCUUGUAAGCGAACCUCCUUCUGGCAGCCUUGUAGGCUCCACUUCGACCAUGCUCAGUGAUGGCACGCUCUUGCUUAUCGGAGGUCUCGAUGUCUCUGGCCAGCUUCAAUCAAUGCAAAAUUUGUAUGCCUACUCGGCCAAAUCCAGAUCAUGGUCUCAGACUGCCACGCAAUCCUCGACCAACGCGACUUUCUCGGCGCGUCAAAAUCUCUUCCCCUCGCCUCGUCGCGGCCAUAUUGCUGUCAGCCUUCCUAACCAGCGUGUAUUUAUCCAAGGAGGCGCUAGUGCGGAUCUCUCCACUGUCUACAGUGAUGCUUGGAUCCUCGACUGGAGCGUCAACCCACCAGUUUGGACCGAGGUCGAUUCUACUGGCGGUCCAGGCCCCAGGUUUGGACAUUCGGCUGUGGCGUAUGGCAGACAGAUUGUCAUUUCGUUUGGAUGGGCAGGUUCGAAUGCAGCACCCACACCCGUCAUUGUCUUUGAUGCGUCCACUCUCACUUCCUCUGCAUCCAGCAAAGGCAGCUGGUCAGGCGGAAGCUGGUCUGCAACCACCUAUGCACCGGACCCGCAGAUGACCACCGCCUCGACAACCGCAUCCUCAGAGUCUCCGUCUGGGUCACCCAACGGUUCCAGCGCCAAUGGCUCAAGCUCAAGCUCCGGCGGCGACCUCUCCUCACCUGCCAGCGAUUCAAAACCUGGCGGUAAUAGCAGCCCAAGCGGUAGCGAUUCAGGUCCCGCUACCUUUCCCGCUGGCAACAACGCUCAUGGUGAUGAUGGCUCGUCCAAGACAAAUGAUAGUGGCUCAGACGGUGGCGCCGGUGCCAAAGCUGGUGCCGCCGUUGGAGCCCUCGUAGGUGUCGGUCUCGUCAUCGGCGGCGGCUAUGCAAUCUACCGUCGCCGCUCUCUGAGCAACUAUCGGCGGUAUGGUGACGGCUCGGUCGGCCUUUUUGGUUUUGGAGGCCGUCGACGAGGCGAGUUCGCAGAUGAUGGCCAUCUCAUGGAAAAGGGAUUUAUGCAGAGCGACUAUAACCGACCAUACCAUUGUACAAACGCUGCUGGUUUGACCGGUGGCCUUGCCUACGGCAGAAAGCGCGGACGUAGCGAGGGAUCGCCCUGGGCUGCAGCCAACCUGGGCCAUGCUAUGGAAGGUUCAGGUCCGCAUUUCCGUGAGAGAAUCGCCAUUAUUGCGGGUCGGGGCAAACGCGACACAAACACCAUUCCUCGCUUCGACAUGCUCGCCGAUGAAGCUGACAGCGUCUUCCGUCCUCGCGGCAUCAGUGACGGGGAUGAUGCUUACGAUCACGACGUCGAAGAUGUAGAGGAUUCUUUGUGGCAUGACGGUCACCUUCGAGAACACUCGUACGCUCACGUUGGCGACCAAGACCUCUCCAGCGGCGACCUUGGCCGUUUGCAGCAUGAACAAGACCAGGACAACAACGAACAAGACAUGUACUCUCCCUUCGAAGAUCGUCCUCAAGACGCACGAGCAGGUCGCAUCAUGCUCGCUGCCGCUGCAACAGGAGGCAUUGUUGCACGAGGAUACGGAAAGCUCGCAGAUCGAGAGAUGGAUGGCAGCUACGACGACGAUCGUCGCUCAUACGACGGUCGAUCCGAUCUCGACACGCAAGAUGGCCCCUCUUCUGGUCCUUCGAUCCAAUCGCACAGCACUGCUAGCAAGAGCGAUGCCCCCAGCUCCUCUGCCGGCGGACUUGUUUCCUUUUCAGACGCUAGCCAUGGCCGCCAGAGUGGCUACAGCAUGAUGAAGCGCAGUCCUACUUGGUGGGACCGUUUCAUGGGUAACUCGAUCAUGGAACGAUCCUCUUCCGGUCGAUUUUCUGCAAGACCGCAAGCGAAUGUACUCAUUCGGGACCGAGCGCCGCCUCCGGUGAGCGGGCUGGAAAUGAUCACCGAAUCACCUCGUUCGCGCCAAGUGUCUGAAGUUCAUCCGCAGGAUCCGUUUGCCGGUUCGAGCAUCGAGAAUCAGCCUGCCACGUACAUAGGCGGUCUCGACGAGUUGGGCCGUAGUGUUGGCUCUGAAGCUGCAGGUGUUGUCGCCGAAGCCUGCAUUGCACAUGAGCAGAGUGGAUCGCUUUCAACGAUCGGAUCUGCACGCACGGGCGCUUCGUCACACUUCGAGUCCCGACUGCGUGGCAUGGAUGUCAUUCAACGCGUGCGCACAGGAAGCAGCCGACGAACCCACUCGACACGCGCCGGAAGCACGAUGAGCGACACCGACAGCGAACCGGCGCUCAGUCGUGGGCCUACCUUACUUCGACCUCGCAAUGUAAGGAGUUCAGAAGCGCUUCGCGACGACGCAUCAUCCACACCGGGAUCGGUGGUCUGGAGACCUGAAGACUUUCAGCCAUCCCUCAACGCCGGACUUGAAGAUCUGGCAGAGGAGGAAAACGUGGGUGAAGAUACGCCGAAUACCCCGCGAAGAAACAGUAGUGACUCGUUGUCGGCUGGUCACUUGCCAGUAGGAGCACGUCGACGGUCUAAUGUCUCGGAAACACCUUCGAUCACGCCGCUCACUACGAAACGAGCACGAUUGAAUCCGGUGAUGGUCUCACCACUCUUCCCCUCGACUGAUCCGCAACGCCAUCGAAAGCCUACAGCGACAAUUGCGAAUAGCAGUGUCAAGGAGAAAGUCAAAGCGUUUGAAUCGGUCACUGCCGAUACAGCGGUUUCGGCGUGGACCGCAAGUUUGUCAAGCGCCAACUCUGGACGCGCUACCACUGGAAUCACGUCGCUCGACAACUCUGAGGCUCGAGACAUGCCGAUCGAUCGAACAAGCUCCCCUCAAGGUUCCACUGCCUCUCGUACACGCAAAACUUUCUUGACCCACGGUUUGGCACCACGUCCUCAGCUCUUCAUUGCCAACCCGGACAAUGCAUCCAAACGCUCCGGAAGCGAUGCUUCCACCAUCCCCUGA